GCUUGGGAGGCCUGCACAAGUGAGUUCUGCAAAAGUAAGCAGCGUCUCAACUUGGCCAGCCUUUCACCCCUCGAAAAAUUAUUGCGCACCAAUUCUUAUUGAUAGACGCUGCGGUCGGUUCUCACCGCCCGCUUUGUUUUCCUUACUCAUUAGUUUAAGGCAGUUUUAUAAUUCCUUCAAAACUUCUACUUAUACAACUCCAAACCACCCUACUCUUUCUCUUCUUCCGAUGUGGGACAAACAACUCCCUUUUCUCUAUUCUUCCAUUCUACAGUAGUAUUUUACCUUCUUCUUUAUACUUUUAUACCCAAAAAAUCAAUUAAGCUGAAAGCAAAGAAAUGGAGAACCAACAACAGUCAUGGAAAUUGAGAUUUUCAUUCAAAAAUGCAACAAUUGUCGUUUGUUUGUUUAAUUUGGUUACUGCCCUUUUCUUGCUUCAGGGCUUCUUCUCUCCCUACUCUUCUCGCAGAUUUCCUCCAGAUCACUCCAAUUCAGUUCAGCUUAGGUAUGUUAAAGAAUCUGAUGAACUUCGGAGAGCUAUGCAACCAUUGGAGCUGAUCCGAAGAGUCAGGGAAAUUGAGCGAGAAUCAUAUGCAGAACCAGAGACGGUUCAACAUACGGAGACGAAGCAGACUGCUGCAGUUGAUCUGUCGAAGAGGUUAAAUGCCCGCACUUUUACUGAUGCAGCAAGCAUAAAAGCUUUGGAAGAAUGGCGGAAGCGAAAGAUGGAGCGUGCCAGGCAACGGGAAAUGGGAAGGAAUGCAACAGCUGCCUCCUAAGCAUGUAUAUACUAAAAGUUAGUUUUGUAUUAUUCUUAAUAGCUGACAUAAAGUUGGAUGGCAAUCUGUUAAAAGUUUCCCUUCUUCAUAGGCUAUUCAUGUAAACCUGGGUGCUGUAAUGAUUAGAGUGCUCUGGUAACGGGACCAAAAACAGAAUUGUAAAAAAAAAGAAUCCAAUCUAUGACGAGUGUACACCAGGUUUUCGAGUGACUUCUGAGGACAGUCAUCGUGUAAGUUGUACUGAACAUAACUGUUUUAUUAAUGCAGUUGUUUGAUGUCCAA